GUGGAUACUUGCCUAACGUUUUGAUUGAUUUGUCUUUCUUGAUAGCGAUUUGUGAUGAUAUCACAAAUGCUUAUUUAAGGAUUCUGUGUAAUUUUAGUGUAUUCAUUCUUUGUUCAUCUUUUUUGUGAGUGUCUGGUGAUUUUUAUGUCAAUAACACUGGUACUUUAACGACAAUGUCAUCAUCAUCACGGUCUAUGUUUUGUACUUAAAAAUAUGUCAGAAUCGCAGGGGCCCGAACACAAAACUAUUGACUUCGACCCUAUAUUGCCCGAUCAGGGGAUUCUCUUUUACGAAGAAUGUCCACCGGAGUAUGAAAUUGAACGGCCUAGAUUACUGCCUUUGAAAUCUACGACUCAGAUUAGAUUUGAGCAGCUGCAGCACGAAGCUACCAGGGUUUGGAGGGAGAAGCAGAGAACUGCGAAGAAAAACUAAAUUUUAUUUGUGAUUGGAACAGUAUAGUGUUGUGGCAAAAUGGCUUACACGUUGUUUGUGAUAGAACUAAUAUCUGCGUUUGUGUUAGCAGCGACAUUGCUGUACAGAUAUGGAGACUGCUAUAGGAAUCACAUAAUAGUGACAGUGUCAGUGCUGACAGCAUGGUACUUCUCCUUCGUGAUUAUGUUCAUCUUGCCACUAGAUAUAUCAUCGACGGUGUAUCGACAAUGUAUGGAGAAUGCGACGAAAGUAUCAGAAACAACACAAUCGUUGCUACAGAAUGCUACAACAACCGUUGCCCCACCAGCUACUGAGUGUAUCAAGCCUUACAGUUUCAUGAGCUCUGAUGUAUUCCCUAAUCUCUGGAGAAUUGUAUACUGGACCUCACAAUGUCUUACUUGGCUAAUAAUGCCUAUGAUGCAGUCAUACAGCAAAGCUGGCGAUUUCACCGUAAAAGGGAAACUGAAAUCCGCUCUAGUCGACAAUGCCAUCUACUAUGGUUCAUACCUCUUCAUAUGCGGCAUACUACUUAUAUACAUCGCUUUAAAACCUGAUGUGCACUUAGAUCCUCCAAAAAUAAAGACCAUAGCAUCAUCAGCCAGUAACACAUGGGGUCUGUUCCUCUUAAUUCUGCUCCUCGGAUAUGCCCUCGUAGAAGUGCCUAGAAACCUCUGGAAUAAUUCAAAGAAGAACUACACUUUGACCUACUGCUACUUCAAGAUUGCUAAGCUGAGUACUGAUAAGUGUGAAGCUGAAGAAACUGUUGAUGAUAUUUUGGAUAGUCUAAAAGCAGUGACAGCAGCAGUAGGGUCGGGCCAUCCUUUAUACCGACAUGUCGACACCAUCGUACAGAAGUUGCCGAUACAACUACGAGACAGACUCAAUGGACGCGCACCACCUGAUAGACCAACACCACCAUCCUUGAAAUCACUUGUCAAUUUACACAAGAAGACUAUCAAAGCUCUUCACGUGUUGCAACGUACGGAGACGCAAUGGGGUCUGAUGUUGGAACGUAUCUUCCACCUCGAGGAUGUCGCCGCUAACCAGCGCUCCCCAGACCAUCGGUUCCAACACACAUUCCACACGCCACGGCCAAGAUUACAACGGAUAUUCUACCCGCCAAUCGUUGAAUGGUACUGGGAGUGUUUCCUGCGCCAGUACUUCUUGAAGACAAUGGCUGUGAUCACCGGCAUAAUGUCUGUGGCCGUCGUCUGGUCAGAAAUGACCUUCUUCUGCAAGAAGCCCGUGCUCUCGAUAUUCGCUAACAUCGUCAUCGCAGCUACCGACUCUUAUAAUUAUAUGGCUAUCGAGGCAAUAUCAACAAUAAUAAUAGCGUACAUGUUCUACUGCGCGUACUCCACCGUGUUGAAGAUCCGUCUCCUGAACCUCUACUAUCUGGCCCCUCACCACCAGACGAAUGAGUACAGUCUCAUCUUCUCCGGGAUGAUGGUCUGUCGGCUGACUCCCGCUAUGUGUCUCAACUUCCUCAGUUUGAUACAUAUGGACUCACACGUCAUUAAGAAGAGUAUCAUGGAGACUUAUUAUACGCAGAUAAUGGGCCACAUGGACGUGCUGGGCAUCAUAGCGGAGGGCUUCAACAUCUACUUCCCGAUGCUGGUGGUGCUGCUGUGCGUGGCGACGUACUUCUCGCUCGGCAGCCGCCUGCUGUCGCUCUGCGGGUUCCAGCAGUUCGUGGGGGACGAUGAACUCACCUCCGACCUUGUGGACGAAGGACGGGAGAUUGUGAAACGAGAGAAACGCAAGCGCCAACGCGCCGAAGAAUCAUUGACUCGUCGCCGCGACUACAGCGAGAGGUUCUCCAACUACAGGUCGGCACGCGACGCUCAGGAUGGAGCCCACACUGGGCUUCUCAACGACGUGGACUCAGACUACUACGUACAACCGAGCCCUGAACGUAAUCAACCACAGCUGACAGCCUACCAACGAGCAGAGCUACCCUACAACAGGUCUAACCUUACUCUUGAAGAUGAACUGGACCACCGCUUCGGGGAAAGUACCUUGCCGUCCAUACGAAGCGAGUAUGACGACCGACGCCGGGACAAAAUGACCAUCCCACCUCGGGGAUUGUUUGACGAUGUAUAAAGUGCAAUAUAAUAUCAAUAGGUAAUUAUGUCGAAGUUUUUGUUGAGGUAUUGUCAUUCUAAUUUAUAAGCAAUAGGGUUUGAAUUGUCUCGAAAUAAGGUAAGAGUUUUUACAUGUGUGUAAAGUGGUGUACAGUUUGGAGACCUUAAAUAACAGUAUACUUCAGUUUCACUACAUAUUUUGCAAUAUUUAAAUGAAUUGAUGAUAAAAAAUAUUAUAGUAAAAUGUCCCAUGUUACGUUUUAUUUUCUCUCUUACUUAUAGUAGUUUUGAAAUAUAUGGUAGCUUAUUUUUUCUCAUAAAUGGCAACACCUUCACAAAAAUAGGUCAAUUAAGUUAUUGUAAUUAGAUUUAUGUGAUUGUUAGAUAAUGAUUGCAGUAUAUUAAAUGUAUUUGAAUGUAUGGCAAGCGUGAAAUGUGAACGUUAGUUACAAUUAUUUUAUUUUAGUUACAAAUAUACUAUAUGGCUUACAUUUUUAUAUAAUUAACAUUAAUUCGGUGAAACCUAUAAUGCAAUAUUCGAAUUUUAAUCCCUUAAGUAGCUUGCAAUUGAUACAUUUUCAUAGAAAAACUUAUUUAUAAAAUUAUAUAAAUAAAUAAUAGUCAAUGCUUACUGUGAAAAAGUUUUUAAUUUUCUCAACAAUAUGAAACUUAUUAUUUCCUAGUCUUUAUUGCAAUAAAUAAGAACAACUCUUUAUAAAAAGGGUACAUUAGUGUGUUUUACGAUAGUAUAUCGAGUCACGUAAAGUUAUGAUUUAGUUGUACAAUUUACGAAAUCUUAGCUUUGACUACAAACUGCACGAAAUUAUUGCCACUAUAGUAAAUAAUAAUGUAUUUACGUUUUUGGUAUUGCCGUAAGACUUGCGAACAUCCUUAAUUCUUAAACUCACAAUCGCAGCUAGCAUAGUUCCAAGAUCAACAACUGUUUCCUAUCGUCUCACAAAUAUUACUAUCAUGAAAAUAAAUUUCUACUGUAGAAUUCACCAAAAAGCUAUUAAAUUGGUAGGUUUACUAAAAAAUAGUUUUUAGACCUUAGGAACCGGGCUUUAAGGGUAGUUUAGUUCUAACGUGGCAUAAUAUGUUAGAUCACCAGUUUACAUGUCGGCACCUAUUAUUUAUAUGUCGUGCUUAAGCGCACACAACUAACUUUCUAUAUUAUCCUUUUUAUAAUGGCCUAAUGCACAUUUCAAUAUUUUUUCGAAGUGUGUCAUAAACCUAUGCUAUUGUUAAUUAUAAUCUGUAAUUUCUACACUAAUAAUACUUUAUAAUUUCUGAUAUUUUGACAGAUCUUAACCCUGAAAGCUCAUGUUUGUAUGUCUCGGCAAGGGAUUUUUAAUAAUGAACCUUAAUGUACACAUUAUAGAAUGUAAAUGUUUCAAUAUUUGACUGUAAGAGCCCUAUUUUAUAUGCGACUCCGGUCCACUAAUGAAAUAGGGCCCUUAAGAGGCAUUGUUCCAGGAUUUUAAAGUAUUACGUUAUUUGUAAAAUCGUGUUAAGAAAUUACUAUGGCUAUUAAGUUUCAGUGACUUAUCUUAAAUAUCGAUUUUAUCGACUUAAAAUGUAUCUACUUAACCAGUGUCAAAAACUAUGUGCAAUAAUAAAACCUAAAUUAAGAUCACGUAUAACCUCAUAUACAUAUUAAAGCAAUUACAGACUUAAGUCUAAUCUUCAUACAAAAUUGUCGAAACAUCCCUUGUCAUCUCUUUAUCCGAGUAAAAUUAUGCAGUUGUUUUUAUUUUAUUGAGAUUAUUAUAUCAAAAUGCUGUAAACUUCGCUUGCAUUAAAAACGAAUACUAUUUAAUAAAUUAUAUCUUAUUUUGUGUGUACAUAAAUAGUUACUUAUCUAUUAUUGUAAGUCAAUGUUUUUAUGCUAACUAAUAUUUUUGUUAUUGUAUACUUUAUUUCAUUCCAUAGGUUUAUUUAAUGCAAUAGCAUUAAACACUGAUGUGAUAUUGUUAUCUG